AGUAAUCUUAUUCAAAUCGUUGUCGGUUUUGUCCUAAAUUCAACAUUUUGCCCCUUUCAUUUGGAUUCGGCAGUUCAACCGCCCUACUAUCUUGUCUUCCCAUACCCAACUAUUACCAUCUUUAUUACUCUGUAUUAUUGUCAUUCAUCCUAAUACAAAAGCAGAGUUCUUCCCAUUUACCAUAAUCAAUCACCAUGGGCGAAGCUCACCCAGACAUCAAUGGUCUGAAACCAGAGGCAGCAGAAGUUGACACCGCACCGGAAGAAAUCAACGCGAAACCUCCGACAAAAAGGUACAAAUGGUGGCUGAAAAUGCUCCUCUACUCCUUCUUCGUCCUCGCCGGCCAGUCCGUGGGAACCAUCCUCGGCCGAGUCUACUACGACAACGGCGGCAAGAGCAACUGGAUGGCCACACUAGUCCAAGUCAUCGGCUUCCCCGUCCUCAUCCCCUUCCAAUUCUUCACCACCACCAAUAACAACAACUUUAACGAUAACGACAACAACACACGCCGACAGAAGCUCCACCUGGCCGCGUUCUACGUGGCAAUCGGCAUCUUCCUCGCCGUCGACUGCAUGCUCUACUCCAUCGGCCUCCAGUACCUCCCCGUCACCACCUACACCCUCAUCUGCGCCAGCCAGCUCGGCUUCAACGCCGUCUUCUCCCUCUUCCUCAACCGCCAGCGCUUCACCCCUUUCAUCAUCAACUCCCUCUUCCUCCUCACCUUCUCCUCCGCCCUCCUCGUCUUCGAGCCCGACACCGCCUCUUCAGGCUCCGCCAAAAUCUCUAAGAGGAAAUACGUCAUCGGAUUCGUGUGCACCCUCGCAGCCUCCGCCGGCUACGCGAUCAUGCUCUCGCUGACGCAGCUGGCCUUCCAGAAGCUCAUCAAGAAGGAGACGACACGCGCGAUCGUCGACAUGACGAUCUACCAGAAUCUGGUGGCCACCGUCGUGAUCGUCGUCGGGCUGUUCGCGGCCGGAGACUGGCGGCGCCUGGGGGCGGAGAUGGAAGGGUAUAAGACGGGGAGGCUUUCGUAUUUGAUGAAUCUGUUUUGGACGGCGGUUUCGUGGCAGGUGUUUGGGGUGGGGUGUAUUGGGCUGAUUUUUAAGGUUUCGUCGUUGUUUUCGAAUGUGAUCAGCAUUUUGGGGCUGCCGGCGGCGCCGGUGCUGGCAGUGAUUUUUAUCGGGGAAAGGCUGACCGGGCUGAAGGCAGUGUCGAUGCUGCUGGCGGUGUGGGGGUUUGUCUCCUACAUCUAUCAGCAUUAUCUUGAUGAUUUGAAGAGGAAGGAGAUGGAGAGAUCAGGAAAUGAUGGUGGUGUGGAGCUUCCUCUUGUGGAUGAAAGAGCAUCUACUGUUACAUCUUAGGCUUUUUUUUUUUUUUUUUUUUUUCAUUUUUGUGAUUUUGGCAUAAUUCUUGAUUAUCAAUUAAACUAUGCUUUAUCGUUUGCUUCGUGACUGAUAACACGGACU